CCUCUCCUGAUUGAAAAGAGUUCUCUAUAGCUUCACUGAUUCGGCCUAUGAGACGCUUGUUGAUGAAGCGGAGCCUAAGUCUAUUGUGCAGAUCGGCGCUCAGAUUUAUCGACAUUUCAGCUUGCAGAGUCAUGGCUUGUUUUCUCAACUGCUUCCGCGGAAGAGACGACCGAUCUAUCACUCACUCUUCACUCGCCAAUUCCAAAAGAGGUGAGGAGACGCAGAGUCAUUUAUCUGGUUCGUUUCAAUCUGAAGAGAACGCAGCUUCGUCGCCUUGCCUUGGUAACGAAAGAUUUGAUUUGGAUUCUAUAUAUAUUGACAAAGGCCUAAGGGAUGAGGCGCGGUUUCUUAAAGCUUGUGGAACUAUACCGGGGACGCCUGUUGAGAUUAGGAAAGCGUCCCAAAAACUGAGUAGUCCUCAACUUUCUGGAGCUUCUUAUUUCCAUUCGUGGAUUUCCAGUAGCUCUGCGCUAGGGUUUCAUUUUGAUGAAUCACCAGCUCCCAUUAAAGCUUGUGAAGAGGUGGGAAGGUCAUCACUUACUUCAGAGCAAACACCUAGCAGUUGUGUAAUCGAGGACGAGGACGCUGCUAGGAUCUCAUCUGCUGCUAAUGAUGCUGCUGAAGUAGAAAGCAUCGGCACUGCGGUCAAGGGUGAGAUACAUAGAUCUGGCAGGCCAACGCUCACAGCUGGAAAGACGAAGUCUGUGCGGUUCGAAUGUGAUCUUGAUCAAUCUCAGUCUUCCAACUCUUCUGAGAAUAGCAGUUCAAGAAAACCAGAGAUGGGUCGCAAAAGUACAGUGAGCUCGCCUAAUCCAACCCCAUUGAGGCUAUCUGAUGAGAUGCAAACUCCUGGAACCGUAUAUCCAGCAAACAUGGUGUCAGCAGGAAGGGGAAGGCCUAGAAUCAGAUCGCAGUUUGUGCAUUCGGUUUCCAAUCUAAUGGAAAACGCAUCCUUAUAUAAUGUCCAGGAUGAUUCAUAUGUGAGCCAAAAACAAGAGCAGAUAGAGGGUGAAACUCCCACUUCAGCAACUUAUGGGGGAAAAAGAUCAGAUGAGAAACUGUCCAAGUUUGAGGCAUCUCCUUGGCUAAACCCAAUCAACGAAGACUUUAAAGAAAACAUCGAGGUUUUAAACGAUGGGACACCUGGAGUCAAUGCUAUGACUCCAGGUGACAGGCCUAUCAUUGGAUUGGUUGCUGCUCACUGGAAUGAGAAUGUGCAAACUGAGAUUUCACCCAAAUGGUGGGACGGGAAUGGGAUCCCAAAUUCCACAACCAAAUACAAGGAGGAUCAGAAAGUGAGUUGGCAUGCAACACCAUUCGAGGUGAGACUGGAGAAGGCACUCUCUGAAGAAGGAGGAGGUCUGAGUUUAUUCCCUCGAAGGAAUCUUGAAGCGAUGGAGGAGGAUGAUGAAGACUCGGACAUAUCGCAGCUGAAGCAUCCAUUGCAACCAAACUUAGUAGUUUCGUCCUAAAACUUGGCUCUCGUACAGAGAAGAGUGUUACCUACAGAGAUGGCAAUGAAGAUACUCUCAUUACCGGCUUUGAUGGAACUUUAUAAUAAGAUGUUAAAGAGUAAAAAGCAAAGACAGUGAUGGUUUUAUGAACCUCUUGGGAGUUCUCUUCCCCAGGCACUCAUUUUGAUAUUUCUUUUAAUCUGCGAAUCUAGAUAUAUUACACAUAUAUAUUUAUGUCUGAGUAUGUGAGAAAGAUGUUUGC